UGGGAAUUUCAAAUUGGUCCGUGUGAGGGCAUUGAGAUGGGUGAUCAGCUGUGGAUAGCUCGCUACAUCCUGCACCGGGUGGCCGAGGAUUUCGGAGUCACCGUGACACUCAAUCCAAAGCCCGUAGCUGGCGACUGGAAUGGAGCCGGAUGCCAUACCAAUUUUAGCACCGAAAAGAUGCGCUCACCGAAUGGUAUUCAGUGA